CAUGAAUAUGCCUCCAAGAUCGAUCUCUGAGUUGCGGCGAGGUGACUUGAAUUUCCCCAUUUCUUGAUUACACCAACCCAUGGCUCGCAAUUUUUUUGAAUUGCUGUUCCUCUUAUUCUGCGCGCACCUUGCCGGUUGAUCUUCGUCAUGGCCCGCAAAUUGCAUCCUGUAACAGCGCUUGCCCACUAUUCCCUCCCAGUACCCUCCUCAGUCCUCACUGCCUUAUUUGAAGGAAAUGCAUCCGCUAAAACAUAGAACCAUGCUCUCCACUACUUUAAAAUGCACAUUUUGGUCAAACACUUUCCCAACACACAACCCUUUUAAUCCAAGAAAGCCUUUUUCUGCUUCUGCUGUAAAAUAUCCCAAACAAGAAGAAACGCCUGCACAAAUAGUACACUGGUCCGGUCUUAACAACUGGAGAAGUAGCCCUCUUAAUCGCAACCGUUUCUGGGGAGCCAAUGGCCCACAAACAUCCCCGAUACAACCAUCAUUCUCGAAUUCUGGAGAAACCGGCGACAGUGGUUCAAUUUUAUGUUCAAUUGACUGGGGCUGUUGCUCUUCUUUAGCAGAGAUGGGGGCUGUGGUGCUAUCUACAGCUGACCCUCUUCAAAAAUCAAAGCUUUCCCACUUGGCUUACUCCAGAUGGUGCCAGGAGAGCCUUCCUGUUGGAGUCUGUGAGGCACCCUCUAAGCCUGCUCGUCCCCAGAAUCCGCAACUGGUAUCUCCAAAGGAGAUUCCAUCCCCAAAACACUCUGGUUUGCCUCUUAAUGCAUAUAUGCUGCAUAAUCUAGCUCACGUGGAGCUAAAUGCGAUUGAUUUGGCUUGGGACACCGUUGUUCGCUUUUCUCCUCAUUGUGAGCAUCUUGGAGAGGGAUUUUUUGCUGACUUUGCUCAUGUGGCUGAUGAUGAAAGUCGACAUUUUGCUUGGUGUUUACAGAGAUUAGAAGAGCUUGGAUUUAGCUAUGGGGAUAUGCCAGCUCAUAAUUUGCUCUGGAGGGAGUGUGAUAAAACAUCAGAUAAUGUUGCUGCACGUCUGGCUGCAAUUCCACUUGUCCAGGAGGCCAGAGGACUUGAUGCUGGGCCUCGGCUUGUGCAGAAAAUGGUUGGAUUUGGUGAUCUUAGGACUUCAAAUAUUGUGGCUAAGAUUGCCGAUGAAGAACUUGCGCAUGUUGCAGUUGGUCUUUAUUGGUUUCUUUCAGUUUGCCAGAAAAUGGGCCGUGCGCCUUGCUCUACUUUUAAAGUCUUGCUCAAAGAGUACAAUGUGGAGAUAAAAGGACCCUUCAAUUAUUCAGCUCGAGAUGAAGUUGGAAUUCCUCGAGAUUGGUAUGAUCCUUCAUUUUCAAGACAAGGACAUGGGAAAGACGGGCUUUCUGAGGUUUACGAUAGGUUAGCAUGCAUAAUUUCUAUGGAACAAGAAAACUCAAAGAUGGACGCGUCUCGUGGAUGAAUCUUACGUUAAGAAGCUGUAUAUAAUCUAACUUCAUGAAUGUCAAACCUCAAGUGGAACAGCAAAAACUUCCAUUGCCCUUCUAACUGGAUGGUGAUUAUCAAUCUUCUCUAGGAAAGCUGCCCUGCAAGGUCAUUGGUCUGGUUGUGAUGAAUUAACUUAGCUUCUUAGUGUUUUAUAAUUCCUGGUCCAGGAUUCCCAUGAUAGCACCAGCACAACUCAAAUCAAAGACAUCCUUGCAGGUUCCCUUCUCUUGGGGGGUUCUUUUACGUCAGGGAUGGAAGAUACUUCGGAGCUACAAUUCGCUCUAUAGUACUCGUGCGAUGAUAUACCUCUUAGCUGAAGUUAGCAAUUGAUGUGUAAAUUUUGUGUGACAUAACUAUUACUGCUGUUAUCUCAACACUUUCAUCUCCAGAACAAAAGAUGGACAGGAAUUAUUCCACAAAAAAGUCUUAAGGAAGUGAAAAGGAAAACUUUUCUCUAUUUGUUUUUCCAGCAAAGAAGGAAGAGACACCUGAGUGCGUCUACGUCACAUUAUGCUUGUCAAUCUGGAAAGUAAAUCUCUUGCUUACGAAGAAAUUAGCAUCUCGAACCUAAUUCUUGAUUCACGUGUCCCCCAACAAAUCCUCUUCAUGAGAUUACGUAUUGAAAAUUGCAUUAAACCCAUCAAUUAUCACCACCUGAUUGCUUACUAUGUUUAGUAUAGGAUGACACUUUAUAGCUACGUGUCCUAUUAUUCCCAUGCUCAAAGAAGAAAAGAUAAAGAGAGUUUUCUAGAGGGGACCGACCUUUGGCUUUGGGAGGCAUAAAUCUCACAAGAAUCAAGAAUUCAACAUCCAAAGAAAAAUCCCAGAUCAUCAAGGACUGAAGAAAACAUCACAAAGAAAUGUGCUGUGGAGAUGGAGAUUGUAGGCCUUUGGCCUUCCUAUUAAGCCUGCCCUUCGCCUUUCUUGCUCUCCUCGUCUCUCUUGUGGGCAUCAUCAUUUGGAUUGUCGGUAUACUGUUGAGCAUCAUAUGCCCAUGUUGCCUGUGCGUGACUGUGCUAGUGGAGAUGGCCCUGCAAUUGAUCAAAGCCCCCAUCCACGUUAUGGAGUGGUUCACCUCUCAGAUUCCCUGCUAGAUUAAUUCUUCUCCCUCUUUUUGUAACUUCUUCUUUUUCACAUCUUUGUUAGGAAAUUUAAAGUAAAUUGUAGACUCUGUUUUAUCUUCCUCUGCAUCUCUUGUUGUUAUUGAAUCAUUUACUUCAUCCUAGUUGCUA